AUGUCAAUCGUACCCUAUACUUACGAAGCAGCAGCACAUCGACAUACCGAUUAUUAUGGCUCCCUACCCACCAAAGGAGAUGGAUCACUAAAGGUCUAUCCCAAACCUCCCCUUUCCCACUCCAACCCAGACACUUAUCCACAUCCCCAUCCCCAUCCCCAUCCUUACCCUCUGCGUCUUUCGCCCUCCGCCAUCCCAGCCCCAACAGCAACCCCUGCCCCUCAAAUAUCUUCCUCAAUUCACGAUCCCCCAUCCUCUCCGCCCCGACAGCCAAAAACUUACCACGGACCUCACACAGCUCGCUUCCAGCCAACAAACCCACCGUCCCCUCAAUACUGCACGGGUUAUGAGGGAGUGUUUCAGACAUCCACAUCUUCCACACUGCUAGGAAACCACACCCUUUGGCCCGUGUAUGAAGAAGAAGAAGAAGAAGAAGAAGACGCCAUAUGA